CUUUAAAUUCAGACCAAACCCGGUCCAGUUCUCCUCUCUUGUCUCUCUCUCUCUCCCUCUCCCUCUCAAAGCAUAGAAGCUUUAGCCUCGCCGUUAAGCGAAAUUUGAUAAACCAGGAGAAACAAAAAUCACAAGUUACGGAUCUCUAUCUAUCUCGUUGGUGAUGCUUGCUACGGCGGUGACGCGGCGGCUAGUGUAUUCUCGCCGGAGAAACCGAGAAGUUCGGUUAUAGCCACAAUCUCGAAUUUACAGGAAGCUUUCGUGAUCGUGUUUUUAUCGUGUUCGAAUUUUUCUGAAAGAGAUGGAAGGACAGGCGAAGCUGACGAGGACACAGUCGUCGCUGCUCCGGUCACCGUCGACGACGGUAAGAUCGUCUUUUCAGAGCUUUAGUGUAAUCGCUAGCGAAGUCUCUCACCAGAGACAAGAUCUAGAAGCCGGAGAGAAAGAAGAGAAACAGAGAAGAAAACCGCCUAAACCGUUCGGUUCAAGUCCUCGAACCGGUUUAACCCGAAUCAACCCGGGUCUAGCCUUCACGAUGGUUUCUCUCUCCUUCCUCAGCCUCUCGUCUUUCAUCUUCUUCGUCGUCUUCUCCCAAACCGAUGAGCUUCUCACCUCCGAGAACCUCCUCCUAGCUCUGAUCUUCGUCGCCGUCGCUCUCUUCUUCGCCUCCAAGAACAUCGCUCUCCUCAACCAAACCAUACUCGCACUCAAAGAAACCACCAAACUCUUUGGCUUUCAUACCAAGAACCGGUCAGAACCGGUUCAGUGGUACAUCGGCGAUACCGAAAACAAACCGGAGAAGAAGAUCAAACCGUUCGUCAAAGAAGGAGUUCAUUUCUACAGCAACGGAGAUUUCUACGAAGGAGAGUUUCACAAAGGGAAGUGCAACGGGAGUGGUGUGUAUUACUACUUCGUGAGAGGACGUUACGAAGGUGAUUGGGUCGAUGGGAGGUACGAUGGUCAUGGGAUCGAGAGCUGGGCUAGAGGGAGUAGAUACAAAGGCCAGUAUAGGCAAGGUCUUAGACAUGGUUACGGAGUUUACAGAUUCUACACUGGUGAUUGCUACGCUGGCGAGUGGCUUAAUGGUCAAAGCCAUGGCUUUGGUGUUCAGUCUUGUGCUGAUGGUAGCUCCUAUGUUGGUGAAUCAAGAUUUGGUGUCAAACAUGGUCUUGGAUCUUACCAUUUCAGAAAUGGAGAUAAGUAUGCAGGAGAGUACUUUGGAGACAAGAUUCAUGGGUUUGGUGUGUAUCGUUUUGCUAAUGGUCAUUGUUAUGAAGGAGCAUGGCACGAGGGUCGUAAGCAAGGGUAUGGUGCUUACUCGUUUAGAACCGGUGAUGCUAAAUCUGGUGAAUGGGAUUCAGGGAAUCUUGUAACGUUUCUUCAUCCUACUAGCGAGCCGGUUCGGAGAGCGGUUCAGGCAGCUAGAGAAACGGCUAAGAAGGCUGUGACUCGGAGACGAGUAGAUGAGCAAGUUAGCCGAGCCGUGGCAGCUGCUAAUAAGGCUGCAACGGCGGCAAGAGUGGCUGCGGUAAAAGCAGUUCAGAAUCAGAUGGAUGGUAACUUUUGUCAAAGUUGAAAACUUUGGUGGAAGUGUAAAUUUUUCUUUUGUUGUUUUUUUUCUCCUCUGUGUAACCCUGAUUGAGCUAAAAUAAUGGAAGCUUGUUUCAGAGGUUUUUACCAGAGUAAUUUUCCAUGUAACAGAACUGUAAAUAUCAGAAGAAGACGCUGAAAAAGAUGGUGUCUUUUUUUUUUUAAAUAUAUAAAUCAAACGGGUUUGAUGAUGGA